AUGGCCCGCCCCCUCUCCUCCUCGGAGUCCUGGAACUCCAGUCUGGAGUUCCUCCGCUCGCUGGUCUGCUCCGAGGGCUGCUCCCCCCGGAAUCUCAGCUCGCUCCGCUCCGAGUCCCCGCCGGCGCCCCCUCCCUUCUCGCUGCCGCUGCUGGUCGCCGUGACGACGGCGUGCGCCCUGCUCUUCGCGGUGGGGCUGGUGGGGAACCUGCUCACCAUGCUGGUGGUGUUCCUGUUCAGAGAGCUGCGCAGCACCACCUACCUGUACCUGUCCAGCAUGGCUCUGUCGGACCUCUGCAUAUUCCUGCUCAUGCCCGUCGACCUCUACAAGCUGUGGAAGUACCAGCCCUGGCUGCUGGGGGAUGCGGUGUGCAAGCUCUCCCAGUUCAUGAGCGAGGGCUGCACCUACUCCAGCAUCCUCCACAUCACCACCCUCAGCAUGGAGCGCUACCUGGCUGUGUGCUUCCCCCUCAGGGCCAAGGUGCUCGUGACCAGGGGGAAGGUGAAGCUGCUGAUCGGGCUGCUGUGGGCCCUGGCGCUGCUGAGCGCGGGGCCCGUCUUCGCUCUGGUGGGGGUGGAGCUGGUGAACGGCUCAGAGCCCGAGUGUCGCUGCACCCGCUAUGCUCUGAGCUCCGGGCUGCUGUCGGCUAUGAUGUGGGUCUCCAGCCUCUACUUCCUCGUACCCGUGUGCUGCCUCAGCGUUCUCUACGGGCUGAUCGGCAGGAAGCUGUGGAGGCGGCGGGACAGCUGCCACCGCGACCGGAGCCACCGGCAGACCGUCAAGAUGCUGGCGGUUAUCGUGCUGGCGUUUGUCCUCUGCUGGCUCCCCUUCCACAUCGGGCGCACGCUCUUCUCGAUGUCCACGGGAACCUCGGAGAUGUACGCGGUGAGUCAGCAUCUCAACCUGGUCUCCUUCGUUCUCUUUUACCUGAGCGCUGCCAUCAACCCCAUCCUGUACAACACCAUGUCUGCGCGCUACCGCACAGCCGUGUGCAGGCUGCUGGGUCACCACAGGAGGGCGCCGCGGGGCUCCAGGAACUCCACCCCUCACUGGGACUCAGAGACAAACCUGUGAGGAGCCGGGACAGCGUCGCCACCUGCUGGUUGCGGGAGCGUAUGACAGCUUGGAGAUAAAGUUGUGGGGGGACAAAUAUAAAUAGAAGAAAGGAGAUGUCAAAUUUAAAGUGUACGGGGAAAAUAUUCAGAGAGCAACUGGAGAAGAAGGGGAACGGCGCCGCCCUGCUG